AUGCGCAUCCAUAUAGGCCAAAUUAGCGAGGCUUUGGCCCAGGACAUUGGUGCGUUGGAAGCGCGAUUAGAAAAAUUCGGUAACUUAAAGUCGAGUAUCGAGCUCAGACAGAAGCCUUGCCUGGAUACUUAUUAUGGCUUUGUUGAUAUCGAUCUCGACCAAAAGCAUUAUGGUGCCCUGAGAUCAGGCUUGAACGGCAUGACCUUCCGUCAAUCAAAACUGACAGUUCAGCAAGCAAGGCCAGACUAUAAGGAAGUUUUAGAGGAACGAAAUCAGAAACCUGCUCCUGGACCUAAUGCUGAACAGCUGAAGCGGAUUAGGUCGAAGCCAUACGAAAUCGAUGUUUACCCUGGCCGCCAUCGAACAGCUCCGCGGACAUCAACCAAGCCAACAACUUUCAGAGUCACGCUACCUGGCAUGGAUCAUCCCAUUAAGCCUAGGCAGAAAAAGAUCCGGCUGUGGGGUUACGAAAAACGUAACUUGGAUAGCCUUGUCUAUGAGUUUGUCGACGGUGAGUGGAAAGAUUUACUGGGCAAUUCUGUCGAAAUUGCAGGUGCAGAUGAACAACAGCGUAAUGCCAAAUUAGCUGAACAAGUUCAAACUACUGGUGUUUUGAGUGAUUCAGAAUUCGAAGAAUUUGUGUCUAAAACAACAAAGCUACCUGACGAUGAAAACUGGUAUGAAAACGAUGGUAUUGAAAUUGUUUCGCGUGAAAACAACACGUUUGUGUAUAAUCCACUCGAUGCAAGUGGUGAUGAAGGAGACGAAUGGCCUAUUACCCAGCCCACUGAAGAAGGAGCUAUGGAAGAUGCACUGGAAGCUACGCAAGAACAGUUAAAAGAGAAUGAAAACACCACCGAGGCUUUGCGGUCAGUACUUUCUGUCUCACAACCGUUCACACUUUUUGGUGGAGAGGCAGAGCAGGUCGAAGCCGAGCCUAUGGCCGUAGAGCCUGUAGCCAAGAAAGGCAAGUUUGGAUUGUUUUUUGCCCACAGCGACUCACCAUUCCUGCGAUCUCAGUCCCAAGCUAGCAAACUAUUUGGCUCUUUCGAUCACGAAGCAUGGGAUAAACUGUUUUGGGAAAAACGCGGUGAAUGGAAUCGUGCCCUCCGCCGUCGCCGCAAAGAGGUUGCUCGACAAAUGCGAAAGCGUGCUAACUAA